GAGAAAAAUGUGGAUGCAUCAAAACUUUCGAAACCGUCAGAAUCCUCAGAAACGUUUUUUCCCCAGGAAUGGACCGCGGAAGAUGAGGCUUCUUACUGGUAUGGUCAAGUGGAAAUCACCACGCAUUUGGGACCGUUGCGACGGGUCUGGAUGGGCCCACAAUGUACAUUCCGAACUUAUUCUCAUCUGACUGACACAAUCCCGUCAUGUACCGUAGCACGUAGUUCGGAUUCCGGGACAAACACCAAUGACAGUAGCAUUGCAGCCGCACUGGAGAAUAUGGAGGCCUCUCUACUCCAAACACUUUCGACCAUGGAAGGUCCAAAGUUGCUUCCACCGCUGAAUGAACCGGACUGGUUGGCACGAUAUUAUGCUCAACCGCGUUCGGAGACAGAACUAUCCGAGUUAGGUGACAUCUCAGGACAGAUCAACCUGUGCACUCGUUCCUCUCUAUCGGGUGCUCUGAUGACCACGUUGCCGGAAUCGGGGUUCACUGGGCUCAGUUCACGAGUGCCUCCGCGAACUGCUGUCCCAGCGCGACCGCCCACCUCACGUCCAAUGGAUGCAUCUGUACGAUCUCGUUGGCGCAAUCGAUCCGGUGAUGUGAUCAGACCGAUGAGUUUGGUUGGUGACACAACAGAUGCGCCAGUGUACAUUGAAGGAGGAAGCUAUCAGGAUUCUAGCUUCGGUGGGUCUUUGUCUAGCUUGACUGGACGCAGCGUCGACGAUGUCGCUUCGUGUAUCGCGGACGCAAUGCAGGAUGAGGAACCAAAUUGGUGUUACCAUCGUUCGAAUUUAGAUACGUUGUCGUCAGCCACAACUGUACUCCCACCUGCGCAAUGCUCGGAUUUGUCACAGAUGGGUGGUCGUACUGCCGCUCCGGUUCCGUCUGGCCGACCGAUAGAGUUGGCCAUACAUUCUGCCCUGUCUGAGGCCGAUUUCCCCAGUCAGAAUGUAUCACCCUCUUUGACAAAUCCAUCAAAAUCUCAAUGGUCCGUUGACGAGGUAUCGGCACCGGUGGACACAUUUGUGACCCCGGCGUCGCCUCUCAACGAUUCCAAACCACCCGGCGAUGCUAUUCAAGUAACGGACGCUGUUCUGGAUCCCACUGGUUCAAAUAAACCCACCACUUUAGCUGUUAAAACUGCUCCGAAAGGAUCUAGGUCAAAAAGGUCUAGGCGAGCCAAAGCAAGAGCACACAAAUCCGGUGCUUUGAGUGCAACAGAAGGUCCCGGUGAUGAACAGAAUGUGAUCUGUUUCAAAAAGUAUCACUCGGCCAUGGCCAGCCCCUGUGUUUCCGGUACGGAUAGUUUGAGUUCUUCUCCCGCCGUUGCCGACCUAAUAAUUGAUCGACCGCGUAACGAACCCCGUCACCUUCGCGACGACACAGCUGUGUCUGUUUCUCCAACUGUAGAUCCUGGUUCUGAUGCGGCGAACUCACAAAAUCCUUUAAACCAGCAAACAUUGUGUAAUCCUGAUCAGCUAGCAUCAAGUAAACAGGAAUCAAGUAUAUCGCCUAGAGACGAAACAUUGAUCUCUAUGGAAGGAUCCACGGAACAACAACUGACCUUGACCGAUGAGCCAGAUAAUGUACGGUCAGAGCCAACCGAACAGCAGGUAUCGGGGGAAUAUUCAAACCAGGACAGUGAAGAGUGCCAUGUCGAAAAUCCACCGAACGAGGAUCAACAGUCCAAUCAAACAGACCACGAAUGCAAUUCUGAAUAUCCCAGUGAAUGUUAA